AUGUCAGACUGGCUGAUAAAAGAACCUUCUACAUCUUUACUGCCACCUCCAUACAGAGAUCCACCUCCACCUACCAAUCAAUUGAAAGUACCAGUAAACCCAGAUACAUGUAAUUCCCGAAAAGAAGUAGAUCAUUCUUCAAUUCAAUGUUUAUCAGAGAUAAAUGAAUCUUUAUUAUACAAUAUUCAAUAUGGUGAUUUAUUGGUACUUGUAAAAUAUCAAAAAGAUAAAUUAACAGCUCAGCAUUCUGAUUUAAACAAAUAUGAUGAGGACAUUGAAUACAUAGAAGUCAAAACUCGCGAUCAACAAGAACAAAUGGACCUGUUAACAAGAGAAAUUCAGCAGGCGGAUACAAUUAUUAGACAGGGCAGUGAACAGCUUUAUGUUUUGUCUUGUGUUGAAGAAGAAAAUGAAAUUAUUAAACAGCAGGAGAAAACAGUGAGACAUCAAUUUGAGAUGCGUCUAAUGACGGAAAUGGAGCAUUUACAAUUUGAUAUAGAACAUGCUAAGGCAAGCACCGAUGAUGUAAUACAAACUGCAGAUGCUUUGAGAAUGGAAGUGUUGGACUUGGAAAGUGCUAUUAUAGAAAAGAAAAUGCAUGUUGAAAGUCUUGUAAAUGAGAUGAAAGAAGUUAAUUUACAGAGUCUUACUAAUACUACAAAUGCAGAAGAGAUUAAAUUUUACUUGAAGCUUUAUGUUUUGUCUUGUGUUGAAGAAGAAAAUGAAAUUAUUAAACAGCAGGAGAAAACAGUGAGGUCAGAAAUCACUCUUUUACGAUCAAAAUUAGCAAAUUGUGAAACGGAAUUACUUCAAUGCAAAAAUAAAAUCAGAUACUUCUUGAUGAACUCCAAAUUGAGCAAAAGGCAUAUCUUAAGACGGUAUGAUAGCAGACAUCAAUUUGAGAUGCGUCUAAUGACGGAAAUGGAGCAUUUACAAUUUGAUAUAGAACAUGCUAAGGCAAGCACUGAUGAUGUAAUACAAACUGCAGAUGCUUUGAGAAUGGAAGUGUUGGACUUGGAAAGUGCUAUUAUAGAAAAGAAAAUGCAUGUUGAAAGUCUUGUAAAUGAGAUGAAAGAAGUUAAUUUACAGAGUCUUACUAAUACUACAAAUGCAGAAGAGAUUAAAUUUUUACUUGAAGGUACUCAUAAACCUGGCAGUACAAGAAGAAUGAUUGGUUCGCCAAGGCAGCUUGAAAAUGCUGUACCUACAAACAAAAAUCCACAUGGAGUUUGGGGUGAGCUAAAAAUUUAUGCAAUGCUACCAGAAUCAUACUUUUGA